ACGAUCGCGUCGCAAAUGUUUGAUCAGUUGCCGCAUGUGCGCGACAACGCCGAACGGUUUCGGCAACCGUCUCUGGGCCGUACGCGCAUUUCAACGGCGUCCGUCGGUUCGACCGGAAAGCACCGCCCCAUCAACCCGAAAACGUUUCACCGCCAUCGACCUGGUCGCUACGAUAUGCGUCUCCUGAUCGCGUGCUGCUUGCUUCUGCGGGCCACCGGUCGUUCGGACGCGUCGGACGAUUACGACCGGUUCAUCUUCAAGUUCAUCCAACACGUGGCCAGAUUUCAGACGCUGAGCGACGUGCCUACCUGCGAACUCUUGGAUCAUAAUUUGGAUGGGAUCAAGUCAUGUUUCAACUUUAAAAAGUCAGUGGGUUGGCCGUUCAAACAUCCGUCAAAAUUGGCUGAUAUCAGCCGUCAAAAAAAGCCUAAAUUCAGACGUGCAGCGAUGGGAGAAGCCGGCGAAGAAGUCUUGCUGUAUGUAUACGACUUGACCGGUGGUAUGGCUAAGGCAUUGGGAGAGUCCUUACUGCAAAAGCCAAUCGAGGGCAUAUGGCACACUGCGAUUGUGGUGUUUGGUAAAGAACAUUUUUUUGGUUCCAAUGGGAUCUCAGUAUGCAGUCCAGGUACCACAGCCUUGGGAAGUCCAUUACGUACUCAUAGUUUGGGCAAAACGUGUUUGCCGGAAGACGUAUUUCAAGAGUAUUUACGUGGAUUAGAACAAGACACAUUCUCCGCAGACAAAUAUAAUUUAUUAAGACAUAACUGCAAUAAUUUUUCCAAUGAAAUAAGUCAAUUUUUAUGUGGAAAUUCUAUACCAGAAUAUAUUUUAAACUUACCAGACGAAAUUCUCAGCACUCCUUUUGGUAAACAAUUGCAACCCGUUUUAGAAUAUUUUUCCAACAACAUUGGUGUACACCCAGGCUUGACUAGGUCGUCGUCUGAUUUUGAAUCUCUUAACAACGAUAUCGAUUCUGCCAGAAAACAAUCAGCGUUAUUAGAAGAAAAACGUAUUAAAUUAAAUGAGAAAUUAGAAAAGAGAGAUAAAAGAAAGAAAAAGAAGAAGAACAAGAGCAAACAUUUAAGUGACAGUUUUUGUACCGAGUCAGGUGCUGCCAGUUCUAGCAGAUACGGUGAUAACUAUAGAAAAAUGUCUGAAAACGGAACUAACGGCGUAAAUGUGGCGAACGGUGUUCAGCCAGUUAUAGAUAAUGACAUCGAAGAUAUGGAAAAGAAAGAGCUAGAGUUGAAGCGCAAAGAACGUGACCCUCCCAUAGUUUUCCAAGACACCAUAAACGUACAAAACGAAUUGGAACGAUUAGUUGGUCUAAUAGAUGGCCGUAUAAAUCCGGAUGAUAUGCAAUACGUUGCGGAACUCGAUCAAUACAUGUUGGAAAACGAGGGUUCUUGGGCUCUAGGAGAGGGAUUCCUCUCGUUUGUCGGCAGGUUAUUAAACGACGAUCAACUGGUCUCAGAAGUGCGCGAGACGAUGUUGAACAUUCUUGCGGCGGCCGCACUCAAAGACGACAUUAUUUUAGUAUUGCACCAGGACAGAAGAGAGCACAUCCUUAUGAAUUACGCCAACGGAUUUGAUAAGCUUCCUUUGCUCGAACAACUGGCGCUCGCGCUAUUCAUGUGUAACCUGUUCGAACACAGUACCACUUCUGAAUGGCUUCUGUACAUAUCCGAGUGGCAGCUGGGUUCCGGUUCGGUGAGCAACAUACGGGUGACGACCAAAGUGGCGGUCAAUUCAUUGCUUUCCGAGGACAAGGUGCUACAAGAUCGAGGAACGGCUUUGGUGCACAACUUGGCCUGCAAGGAGAAAAUGUUAAAAAACCAAAACAUUCGAAGGCUGUUACCCGCGGCAUCAUUUUCUAAGGUAUUCGAUGAUGUGGUCGUGGAACUUGCUAUGGCUGUCUUGCAGUAUUUCAACAGCAAGCCCGACGAAGAGCACAGUUUUAGGUGUAUGAAAUCGUUGGCCAGAUUUUGUCAGAUAUCCAGACAAGACGUGCCGCAGCUCGUACAAAUGAUCGGGCCGCCGCCGUCUACUUUUAAAGGCAUGUCAAACAGAAUUGACGAACAGAUUGCUGAAAUUCAAAAUUAUUUACGUUGAUUAAAAUAUACAAUAAUCAAAUAAUAUAAAUACUUUUUAUGAUUAUUCAUUUUUUUAACUCUAAUAUGAUAUUAUUUUUAUACGGAUUGUCCAAAUUAACUUGACAUUUAUUAGUUGUAUUUUUUUUUUUGCAUUUCAACAAUUUAAUUUAUUUUUAAGUAUUUUCGUGUUUUAAGUAAAAUGUUCAUUUAAUUAGAGUAGGUCGUGAUGUAAGCCUACGUAAAAUAAUAAAAUAUUUACUCAUA